AUGAGUUUUCACCAGUGGAGCAGUUCUGCAGCUUCUGCUAUCCCUUCGGCAUCUGAGCAACAACAUGCGCUGCUACUAGCGUCGUUUCCGGUCCAGCUCACGCAGUCUCUCGCCUGUCAAGCAUCGACAUCAUCAGUCGCACACGCCUCAAGGACACCCAUCCACACAAUACAAAACCAGUUUUCGAUCGAAGAACUCACUGCACAGUGUGCUAAGGCACUCAAAGAGGACCGAAAAGAUGCUCUGAGUGAGCUUGAGCGUUAUGAGCGCGAACCAAUCACGCUCAAUGCGGGCGAGCGCGUGACUGAUCUCGUUCGCUUCUGGAAGGUGAGCUCGACUGUUCCUUCACGCACAUAA